GGUCCACCUUUUAACUCCGAUGUUAUUUCCCAAUCAGUGCUUCGUUAAGAUGCAGCAGCGACAGUGAGAAGGAGGUGGAUGUGUGUGUAGUGUUGUUGUUGUGGUGCUUGGUGUGGGGACACGUUGUCACUGGGCUUGCAGCCGGAGUGAAGGGGACCCUGGGCAGUGUCCCGCUCCUCCCCGGGACAGGUGCGCUUCUCCAGCCCUGACACUGAGCCUGAGCCUGAGCCUGAGCCGGCGAUGGUGAGCUCCAUUCUGCAGAUAGUCAGCCUGUCGCUGGGGGUGAUCGGCUUGGUGGGGACGUGCGCUGUGACCGGGCUGCCCCAGUGGAGGGUGACUGCCUUCAUCGGGGAAAACCUGGUGGUGUUUGAGAACCGCUGGGAAGGCUUGUGGAUGAGCUGCGUGAGGCAGGUGAAUAUCCGCAUGCAAUGCAAGAUAUACGACUCGCUGCUGGCGCUGGGCCCCGAGCUACAGGCCAGCCGUGCCCUCAUGUGUGUGGCCGUGGUGCUGGAGUUCCUCACCAUCCUCCUGGCCGCUCUGGGCAUGAAAUGUACCCGCAGCCCGGUGGAAAGCGAGCUGGCGAAAGGCCGACUCUUAAUCGCAGCCGGCAUCAUGUUCAUCCUCGCCGGAAUCCUGGUCCUGAUCCCCGUUUCGUGGGUGGGAAACACCAUCAUCAGGAAUUUCUACAACCCGCUCGUUCCCAACGCGCAGAAACGCGAGCUUGGAGAAGCCCUGUUCAUCGGCUGGGCGACCGCCGGCUUGUUGAUGGCAGCAGGAGCCCUCCUCUGCUGCUCCUGUCCUCCCGAAGGCGAGAAAAGUUACCGUUAUGCACCUGCACACUAUGGGAAAUCCAACCCGCCCCAGCCAACGCGGAAAGUUCCAAGCAUGUACUCCAAAAGCGAAUUCGUGUAAGUCACUGAAAUCUCCGGUGAUUUAGAGACCUACCAGUCCAAAGGACAGAAUCUGGGAGCGUUAAAAAUCCCAGCAAAGAGAAAUCGGGACACCAGAAUUGUUCCGAUCAGACGUGUGUAUUUUAUAAUCUUUGUAAAGCAUCUCUAUAAAACAGAUUGAAGAAAGCGACUUUUAUUUUUUAAAUUGCAACAUAUUUAAUAAUCACAUAUUUAAUGAUUUGAAAUGGUCCUGUAAAUUUUUUUUACAUUAUCUGUGAUGGCUUUUAAAAAAAAAUCAUAAUUUUGGGAAAUUGAUGCAGUUCUGUGGGACAAUAUUCUUCGUUAGUGUUUUAUUUCAUUUGACUAUUGGUCAAAGAAAAAUUAUCUGUACUUGUAUUUUCUAUGGAUUAUGUGACAGUGAAUACGAUAGUGCUUCCUGAACCACAGUGGAAUCAGGUUAUAAAUAAUUAAAAUAACUUUAUUCUCUGAAAAACAAUCUACUUUAUCAUUUGCCGGAAUGAGUUCCCUGAUAUUAGUUUGAAUCAGAUACUUGCACAUUCGUUAAAAAAAUAAAUCAAU